AUGCAAAACGAAGCCAGCCGAGACUGCGACAGCACCGUCGAUAAAGGCCGGUUCUUAUUAUUCGUGCCAGUUGCGGGGCAUGAUACGGGUGCUGCAGUGCCGUACAGUCCUUCCUGCGACGAGCAGCAUGCAGCAGACGGAGCCGAGUCCAGCGAGACGGACAAGAGUGCGGAUGCGUGUUCAGUUACCGAUGAAGCUGUCUGGGAAAUUGCCGAGGAAGCGUGUGCGGUAUUCUCGACGGCUGCAUACUGUACUCUCGUCGGGGAAAUCAUGCCCAAAACAAGGGCGAUCCGUCCACAUCCGACCCCUUCGGACGAGAAGCAUUCGGGAGAUCGGGAGGAUGGAGAGAAUCCGAUCAGUCCUCGACCCGAAAAUGCAGUGACUGCUGUUGUGGAUGCAUUAUGCAGGGGUGCAGAGACGGAGUUGGUCGGCGGGCCAGACAUUUACGUGGCCAAGGGCAGCACCAUCAAUCUCACGUGCUUAAUCAAAAACACCCUCUUGCCGCCGGAGGCUGUCACUUGGUACCACAAUAACAAGGUGAUCGACUACAAGUCGCCCCGCGGCGGCGUCAGCGUGGCCACGGACAAGGGGGCCACUUCGUCCAGCACUCUGGUGCUGCUCUUUGCUCGGGCGUCGGACUCGGGCGAGUACAGAUGCGAGCCGUCCAACGGCGUCCCCGCUGUCGGCAAGAUCCACGUCCUCAACGGUCAGUACCCGAAACCCAGCGUGAUCCGUGUCGAGUCGUCGCGUGUCACCAGCCGCGUGGGGAUUCACUGGACGACGCGUCACGUCCGUCCCGAAUAUGCACAGCAGUACAGUAGAGUAUUUAUUAAUGCUCCUUACGCCACACGCAUGCCCUAUAUCCGGCCGAGCUGGCUGCGAUGCGGGCAUUUGGGCAACAGACGGGACGAGACGAGACGAGACGCGGGACGGAACCGUCAGCAACAAGAAUUCCGUCCGUCCCCAGCACAGCAGCUGUACAUUGUAGGUGUACUGCUGUACACGAAUGCAGUACAGCAGUUCCCAUCUGCUGCUGCUGCUGCUGCUGCUGCUGCUGCUGCUGGGCUUCUCUCGGUGCACGGGAAGAUUGAAACUCAAUCGAGGCGAGAAGCAGCAGGAUAA